AUGGCAGAAUGCCAACUUGAGUUGAUUCCCACUAAAGAGCUCAAGGUCACAAGGAUAGAGAAGCAUGAAGUGAGGAUUGUCAAGGAGCUCAUUUCUCCUAAGAAGCUAGUGAAGCACGACUAUGGGUCUUCCGUAUCCAAAAAACUCCCAGUUCUUAUCCAAGGACCUAUUCCUUCUAAAGAUGAAGACUUAAUUUCCAGAGAUCAGCAAAAACCUAUUGAGGAGGGUUCUCUCCUUAGUAAUACUUACUUGGCCACUACCAAGAUGUACAGUAUCUGGCCAUGGUUUGACAUCCAUAAUUUGGCUAGUAUCUUGCCACAAGGCUACGAAUGCUCUUCAUGGUAUAGUAGUGGUAAGAGUUCCAUUUUCUUUUCCUUCAAGCUCUUGUCUAUCCUCCCUUCAUUUUUUGCCCUUUAUUUGGCGUUUCAUCUCUUGCAGACUAUUGUCCACGCCAUUGCCCUCCUUGGGAGAGUUCAAAGGUCUAUGAAAGUUGUUGAAGAGCGUAUGGUUGGGCUAGCCUAUUCAAAGAAGAAGCCAAAGGAAUAG